CCGCGCGCUGAGCUCCGCCGCCCCGCUGUCCGCAGGCCCCGCGGAGCCGCCGAGGGCCGCGGCCCGCUCGGCUUCGCUGACCGGCAGCUGGGCGAGGGCGGCGUGCACGAGAGCGACAAGAUCCUCAUGGAGAAGCGCUGCUGGGACGUGGCUCUGGCGCCGCUGAAGCAGAUCCCCAUGAACCUGUUCAUCAUGUACAUGGCUGGCAACACCAUCUCCAUCUUCCCGGCCAUGAUGGUCUGCAUGAUGGGCUGGCGCCCGCUGCAGGCCCUCAUGUCCCUGUCUGCCAGUGAGUGCAGCCCCCGCGCGGGGACAGCCCCGCAGGGAC